AGAACAUUGUUUAAAUAAACUUUAUUACAUAAUCAUCUAUUCGUAUAGAUUAAGAGUUUAUACUCAUAUUACUUAUUCUAAGAAAUCAUGAAUAGAAUGAUCAUUAGUGUAUUCUGUAUAUGUAUUUGUUCAAUUAUAACAAAUGCUAAUGCAGUUCCAACACACACGACCACUGUUGAGGUUAAUAGUCUUUCCUUCAAAGAAAAAAUUAUCAACUUAUACAAAAAUUGGAUGAAUGAAAAAGAUUAUAAUCCACCAAAAGAGAGUGAAUUCUAUGAAAGAUUUUGGGAAUUAUUUAAACACUGUUUUUUAAAUUCAGAACAAUUAAGGAAAAUUCUGCCAUUUUGAAUUCGGAUCAAAUUUGAGUUCAUUAUGAAUGAGACUGCUUACACAAUUGAUGAAGUUUGUUUUUUUGUUCAAUGAAAAAAUGAUGAUACAUUUAAGCUGUGAAAUAUAUUCAUAUACGAGAA